CAUUCCAAUUAAUCCUCCGGCCUCCUCCCUUCCGGAGAAAGAAAGGGCGGAAUGGCUGCGACGACGGCUGAGCAAGCAGCGGCGAACCCUGCCUUGGCGCCGGACGUGGAGUCGCCGGCGCAGCCCGGCCUGGAUCUGGCGCAGUUCGCGGCGGGAUGCUUCUGGAGCGUGGAGCUCGCUUUCCAGCGCUUGGAGGGCGUGGUCAAGACCGAGGUGGGUUACUGCCAGGGCCACCUCCCCGAUCCCACCUACAAAGACGUCUGCGGCGACAACACCGGCCACGCCGAAGUGGUCCGCGUCCACUUCGACCCAGCGGUCUGUCCCUACUCCAACCUCCUCGCCCUUUUCUGGUCUCGCCAUGAUCCCACCACGCUCAAUCGCCAGGGAAUCGAUGUAGGCACCCAGUAUCGGUCAGGGAUAUAUUACUACAAUGAGGAGCAAGCUAAAUUUGCAAGGGAAUCUUUGGAGCAAAAACAAACGCAACUGGAGAAUGAGAUUGUGACAGAGAUUCUUCCAGCAAAGAAGUUUUACAAAGCAGAAGAAUACCAUCAGCAGUACUUGGAGAAGGGUGGUAAAGAAGGAGCAAAGCAAUCUGCUAGAAAAGGGUGCAAUGACCCGAUUAGAUGCUACGGUUGAUGACCAACAUGGAAUGGUUAAGUUUGGUAUGGUCUUCUACCCAUAUCAUCCUAUAGAAUUGAUCCUGAUUGAUCGCUAUCUUUAAUAAAAUAAAGCAUGCAAUUUUUCAUUUAUUAGUUUGAAUUUUGGUAAGUGGAUAGUGCUUGAUGAGUUAAGUGCUCUAGUUUCAUUACUUUGUUUUACUACUUUGAAGAUCUUUCUUAUGCAAAGAGUUGAAAGAACAAAAGUUCCUUCUGGUUGCUGGUACAUGCUACUCUUUAUUUUCAUUUAAAAGAGGAGAGCAAUGCAUAUGGUCUCUAGUUUUUUGCAUUA